AUGGUUAAAGCUUCAGACGUUGUCCUCAUCUUGGUUGCUAUUGUCUUUCCGCCAGCUGCGGCAGCCUUCAUCACAGGCUGCAGUUGUGACCUGCUUAUCAACAUUUGUCUCACUCUUCUUGGGUAUCUUCCUGGGCACAUUCACGCCUUUUGGCUCAUUUACAAGAGAAUGCAGGCAGAGGAGCGCUACGGACGAGGGGGCUAUCACUACAUCGGAAACGGAGCAUACCAGCCUUAUCCUCAAGCUGCCCCAUCCCAACCGGCACCCGCUCCUUAUUAUGGGGCUACUAAUUAA